AUACUGAAGUCAGCUGACUUUAGACGCCAUUUUGUCAGCCAUUUCCUACACUGAUUCUUUGCCAGCGUCUCUGUACAGCAUAGGACGCCCCGCCUGGCCUCGGCUUUAUCUACCCGGGCUUGGUAAACAGCUGCGGCGCCUGCACACACGGUCCCGGGUGGAUGAGAGACAGUCUAGAGGGUCGAUCGGCACCCAGUAGACCUCUGGAAGGCGCUUGGCCCCGCAGGACAGACGCGGUACAAGUCACAGGCAGACAUGGCUUUGAAGAUUGUCAAAGGGAGCAUCGAUCGGAUGUUCGAUAAAAACCUUCAGGAUUUAGUACGUGGCAUUAGGAAUCACAAGGAAGAUGAGGCCAAGUACAUCUCCACAUGCAUCGAUGAGAUCAAACAGGAGCUCAAGCAGGACAACAUCGCUGUUAAAGCCAAUGCUGUGUGCAAGCUCACCUACCUUCAGAUGCUGGGCUACGAUGUCAGCUGGGCCGCUUUCAACAUCGUUGAAGUCAUGAGCUCCUCAAAGUUCACCUACAAGAGGAUUGGCUACCUGGCGGCCUCGCAGUGCUUUCACGAAAGCACCGACGUCAUCAUGCUGACAACCAAUCAGAUCCGAAAGGAUCUCAGCAGCCCCAACCAGUAUGACACAGGUGUUGCCCUCACUGGCCUUUCUUGUUUUGUGACCCCUGACCUGGCUCGGGACCUGGCUAAUGACAUCAUGACACUGAUGUCCCACACUAAACCCUACAUCAGGAAGAAAGCGGUGUUGAUCAUGUACAAGGUGUUUCUGAAAUACCCAGAGUCCCUGCGCCCUGCUUUCCCUAGGCUCAAAGAGAAACUGGAGGACCCAGACCCAGGUGUCCAGUCUGCAGCAGUAAAUGUUAUCUGUGAGCUGGCUCGGAGAAAUCCCAAGAACUACCUGUCUCUGGCCCCGCUUUUCUUCAAACUCAUGACCUCUUCUACCAAUAACUGGGUUCUCAUUAAGAUCAUCAAGCUAUUUGGUGCGCUCACACCUCUGGAGCCACGGUUGGGGAAGAAGCUGAUUGAACCUCUGACAAACCUAAUCCACAGUACCUCUGCCAUGUCUCUGCUGUAUGAAUGUGUCAACACUGUGAUUGCAGUGUUGAUUUCCUUGUCCUCUGGGAUGCCUAACCACAGUGCUAGCAUCCAGCUCUGUGUGCAGAAACUGCGAAUCCUUAUAGAAGACUCGGACCAGAACUUGAAGUACCUGGGCCUGCUUGCUAUGUCAAAGAUCCUGAAGACCCACCCCAAGUCAGUGCAGUCUCAUAAGGACCUCAUCCUCCAGUGUCUGGAUGAUAAGGAUGAGUCCAUCCGCCUGAGAGCUCUGGACCUGCUCUAUGGCAUGGUAUCCAAAAAGAACUUGAUGGAGAUCGUGAAGAAGCUGAUGCUGCAUGUGGACAAAGCAGAAGGAACCACAUACAGAGAUGAACUGCUCACCAAGAUCAUCGACAUCUGCAGCCAGAGCAACUACCAGUACAUCACCAACUUUGAAUGGUACAUCAGUAUCCUGGUGGAGCUGACCCGAUUAGAGGGCACACGGCAUGGCCACCUCAUCGCCUCUCAGAUGCUGGAUGUGGCUAUUCGGGUCAAAGCCAUCCGGGUAUUUGCUGUUGCCCAGAUGGCCACUCUGCUGGACAACGCCCACCUUAUGACAGGCAACGUGCAGCGAAAGGGCAUCUGUGAAGUGUUGUACGCGGCAGCCUGGAUCUGUGGUGAAUUCUCUGAACACCUGGAGAACCCGAUGCAGACGCUGGAGGCAAUGCUGCGGCCUAAGGUGGCCACCCUACCCGGCCACAUCCAGGCAGUGUAUGUGCAGAACGCAGCCAAGCUGUUUGCCACCGUGCUUAAAAGCCAGGAGGGGAACACGGACAGCACAGCAUCACAGGAAACCUGCCAGUUGAUGAUAGACAGGCUGCCACUGUUUGUCCAGAGCGCCAACCUGGAGGUGCAGGAGAGGGCGUCUUGCAUUCUGCAGCUGGUCAAGUAUAUCCAGAAACUGCAACAGAAGGACGUAGAAAUAGCGGAGGAAGUCAGCGCUCUAUUUGCUGGAGAACUCAACCCUGUAGCCCCCAAGGCACAGAAGAAAGUGCCUGUUCCUGAAGGUCUGGACUUGGAUGCCUGGAUCAACGAGCCUCCAUCUGAGAGCGAGUCUGAGGAUGAGCAGCCCAAAGCUAUUUUUGCCAAGGAGGAGCCCAAACACUCCCGCCCUCGUCACACAGAGGUGGACGAGAAGGAGCUGGCAAGGAGGAGAGAAGCCAGAAAGCAGGAGCAAGCCAACAACCCGUUCUACAUCAAGGCUUCCCCGUCCUCUCAGAAGGUUUACCAGGAAGCCCCUGGAGUCGAGCACAUCCCAGUCGUGCAGAUUGACCUCAGUGUGCCUCUCAAAGUCCCAGGUCUGCCUAUGUCUGACCAGUACGUGAAACUGGAGGAGGAGCGACGGCAGAAGGAGAGAGCGGACAAGAAGAAGAAGGAGAAGAAGAAGAGGAAAGAAAAGCGCAGCGGACGAGGGAAGAAACAUGACUCGGGCCCAGAGAGUGAGGAGGACAUCACGCCUGCGCACAUGGUCGACAUUGUUACCGAGGAGAUGCCAGAGAAUGCCUUACCCAGUGACGAUGAUGACAAAGACCCCAAUGACCCACAUAAAGCCCUGGACAUCGACCUGGACAAGCCACUUGCUGACAGCGAGAAGCUACCGGUCAGGUCACACCGUGCAGCAGAGGCUCCAAAAAGCCCAGCAGAAGAUGGAGACGCAGAGAGUGCCACCCUGGAGCCCAAAAAGAAGAGCAGCAAAGAAAAGAGAGAGAAGAAGAAGGAUAAAGAAAGGGAUAGGAAGAAGAGCAAAGAGGAAAAGAAGAAGAAGAAACACAAACAUGAAGAAAAGGGGGAGGAUCUUCUUGGCGGUCAGGUGGAAGAGCCUGCGGUCCAGUCAGAAGAAACCAAUGAGGUCGCUGCACUGCCCACCUCCACCAGUGCAGAGGUUUCGGAUCUGGAUUUCUGGCUCUCAAACGCUCCAGUGCCCUCUAACACCCAGGAAGCAGCAACAGUAGCAGAAGAAGCCCCCGUGCCUGAGGCGGCCUCUGGCACAGCGCCAGACUCCGAGCCCGAUGAGCCCAAAGACGCUGAGAAGGAGACUAUGUCAUCUAAACACAAGAAGAAAAAGCAGAAAAAGGAGAAGGAAGAGAAGGAGAAGAAAAAGAAGAAGAAGCACCAUCACCAUCAUCACCACAGUGACGGAGGUGGAGAGGAGUCUGUGCAGAAUGGCACUGUCGAGGAGGAAGAGCCUCUGCCGCCCAUGUCCAAUUACUGCCUGCUGGCUGAAAACUCUUACAUCAAGAUGGUUUAUGACAUCCAGGGAAACCUGCAGGAUGGCAGUCAGGUGGUGGUGUCGGUUAUAUUUGAAAACAAGUGUGACAGCUUCCUCAAAUCCAUGGAGUUCAAUGUCCUGGACUCUCUCAACUCCAAGCUGCAGAGGCCAGAGGGGUCUGGUCCACAUGAUGGCCUGACCGUCCCCUUCCAACUCCCACCUGGGGUGUCCAAUGAGGCGCGAUUUGUCUUCACUGUGCAGAGCAUCGUAAUGCCACAGAAACUGAAGGGAACCCUCACCUUCAUAGUAAAAAAUGAGGACUCCUCCACUCAUGAGAAACUGGACUUCAAACUGCACUUUACCUGCACCUCCUACCUAAUCACUACUCCUUGCUACAGCGAUGCGUUUGCAAAGCUGCUGGAAUCAGGUGACCUUAAGUGCAGCUCUGUCAAACUGGAAGGAGUCGUCAUGCCCUUCCACCACCUACUGGCCAGGAUCUGCUUCCACCACCAUUUCUCUGUUGUGGAGAGGAUCGACUCCUGUGCCUCCAUGUACAGCAGGUCUAUCCAGGGCCACCAUGUCUGUCUGCUGGUCAAAACUUCUGCUCAGACAGUUUCCAUUGACGCUAAAUGUGACGAGCCGACGCUGCUUGGGAAUGUGCUGGAUGAGAUCAAGCAGACCUUCUCUCAGUGCUGAUUGUGUCCUACAGCCCCAGGGUGCCCCCGACCCCUCCAUGCCACCCCCUCCCCUCGCUGAAACACAACACAAUCAUGUUACGAAACACUGCGGCUGGCACUUCCAGUGUCGCCCUAUUUAUUAGUCCUCAGAUUCGCAAGAUUUCUUUCCCCGUACCUUCUUCAGUGUCUCAUCCUAUGUUGUUCCUCUGAGCUCUGUGGUCACACCCCGACACUUUAAGUUGUUUUACAGACUCACUGUGUACAUGCGCCGUCUUCUCUACUCAGCCACCCUGUUCCUCCCUGACUCUGUACUGAGCUCCUGUUUCUGGAUGCCCUGCAUCCUCCGCUCUUUCCUGUGUACCUCUCCGCCCUACACUCCGUCGGCAGUUCAAUCUGUCAUGUAAUGUAAUGUUGACAACUGGACUUUUGCUGUUGAUGGUUGAAUUGUGUUUUUACUGUUUUGGGUUUUUUUUUUCUCUUUGUUUUGUUUUUGUCUCAUUUUCUUGUGUGAAGCCCGUCUGCGCCUUUGUCUCCCCCUUCUUUCUGCUCACUAAACAUGGGUGUGCGUGCUGCUCGUCUGUGUAGGCCUGGAAAAUACAUGUGAUUCAGUCUUUUUCAGACUGGUCCUAGCUGGAAAAACGGCGGACUUUUAACAUGCUCACCCACCACUGACCUGGGGCGGCGUGGAGAAGGCCAGACACUGAGCAACUGCAGUGAGAGUAGUGCAGAGAUGUAACCAAAGCAACAUAUAUGGCAUGGGUUUUAAACUUCUUUCAGAGCCGUUGCCCUACUUGCCUUCUGGUAAGGCUCAGAGCAGGGUACUAGCUCUGCUAGUGUUAGUUCAACAGAAUCCUUGUGGGUGAUUUUGUCUAGUAGGUCAGUGGUUUUGCUCUGUGCCUUAGCCGUGCAGUCUGAGCUACUCCAGCGCAUCUUGUAGAGCACCACCACACUACAGUUUGCCCCACCCCAUAAGAACUUCCAACAUAUAAUUUCUUUUGGAAAUCAAAGAAGAAAGUGAAGACAGGAGAGUAUGAAAACAGAAUAAAUGAAUGGCAUCAGAGAAGAAUUGUACAGUGUAAGGCCAGCACCACCUUUUAUCAGCCUCCUCUUCAACUCACUGAUGGUUUAGUUCUAUAGAAGAUGUUAUAUUAUUGUAAUACAUAGGAUACUUUUAUUUCUAUGAAACCGCUAUGGUGCUGAGGGGCCCUCGUUGGCAUCCCCACAUGGUCAAGUUAGUGACAGAAUCUGGGAUAAAGAGAGCUGCCCAUGUUACAUCCUUGUCCUGCCUUUUUUCUCUGAAAGAAAUAAAACUGACUGGCUAAGGGAUGACAAAGUUACACUAUCAACCUGUCUUUUAUUUUUAAAACCAGGUGGUCUGCAUAUCAGGUUGCUGAAGUAGUUCUCUCUGAAACCAGAGACUAUUUAAGUAGUUUUAGGUUCCCCUUUCACUCAGUAUUAGGCGACAUGACCUCCACUGUUAGGAAGUAUCCAUUCUAUCAACAACAGAAAGCAGUUUUGUCUGUCUUCAUGUGAAACGUUUUACGCCUGUUCCACUUUGACGUCUGCAUCACAGGUAGCUGCACCCGGGCUGGCUGAUGCCCAGCUAGCGUGUACCCAGAUAAAUCCCAAUCCUGCUCCUUUCAAAAACUGCCUUGCCACUUUUUUGUGCGUUGCUAUGUUAUGAUGAACAUGAACGGCCUCCUCUUAGACCUCCGAGGUACUUGAUGUUUUACUUUGUAACAUUCAUGUCUGAAGUCACUUCACUAUCCGGUUCAGCACGAUAUCACCUAGUAGUAGCAAGAUUUAAAAAAAAACAAACAAACAAAAAAAAACUGACUUGGUAGCGUCUCAUCAUAUUUACCUGGUAGGGCCCUGUUCACAUCUCUGUAGAUAACUAUGAUAAUGAUGUCUGUGACCUGAAGAUCAGGUCAGCCAUUCCAUGUGAUCUUCUGUCCAGUAGUAAAGUCUGAAUACAGACGUGAUCUGCUGUAUUUCAGGAAUGUCAAUAGAAAAUAAGUAUGUAUGUAUUCCCUGUUCCUAAAAAUGACAGGUAUCAAGUGAAACUGAAAACGACUCCCCUAAUCAUACAUUGUCCUGAUUCUGAUCAUUUUUCCUGUGCAUAAUAUUUGAUUGAAAUUUGUAUAUUGCAUGAUAGGAACGUACUCUUUUUUUUAUUUCCCUUUAUUUUCUCUUCUAUUGACGUGCUUACACAAACAAUAACUUGCCAUUCCAUUUUGCCCUUUUUUCUCCUUUAUCUUUUUUUAAUGAGGUUUACUUGACCAUUCUUUAUUUUUUGAAGGUAUCGUGUUUUUGUUUUGUUUGUUUUUUUUUUUCCUCUUCUAAGUUCAGACAAUUUAAAAAAACAACAAAAGUGAUAACGUUGAAUGUUUUAAAUUAUUAAACACAGGGUAAGGAAGGGGGGUUCUGUUUGGUGUCAUGACACUGAGGGCAUGGGGCUCCGAAUAAUACCUUCAGUAGAACAGGUCACGUGAAGCAGUGUACUGAGAGGCUACCCGCUGUCUUAAUUCUCUAUAGGUUCGGUUGUAGUGAAUUAUUUUACCAAGUUUGGCUUGUGACAUUGAAAUGUACUCUUGUAUGACUCUGAUUUUUGAAGGUCCUGUCUUUUUAUUUCUCCAUAUUCGAUGAUCAAGCUGUACAAUGUAAAUGUUUAAAGGGGAGAACAUAAAUUAUCUACAUUCCCUUUAAAGGAAGUCCACCCUAAUUAAAAAUAAAGGCUGUAUGAAGCUGC